AUGUCAGAGAAGACGCUGUUUCAAGUGUUCAGCAUCCCGAGGGAGCAUUUUUCCAAAGACCUUCUCAGGGCGAGCUACCAUGCGCUCAUAAAGCAGGCCCACCCGGACAAAACGGCCCUGGACCCAGGCAGCUCCACGGAGGCUGCACAGUUUAUAAACCGAGCAUACAAAGUGCUCAGCAACGACUACAGCAGAAGCGUGUACGAGUACUCGCUGGACAAUGCGAAAAAUCUUGUGAAAAAAGACCUUUCCACAGGGAUAUUCCAGAGCGCGCCAAUAACCGUGCUGGAUCUGGAAAAGGAGCAGAUAGGAUGCAACAAGGGCCUGGUGAACGCAGAGUUUCUGGACGAAAUACUCAGCCUGGAGGACAAGAUCGAGUGCACAUACGGGCCCGAGCUGGACAGGGUUGAGCAGAGCAUUCUGAAGGAAAUAGAGCUGUGCAAGCAGCACCGGACAGACCCCCGGGCGCUUGCCAGAUGGAGGUACUACAGCCGGCUCAUCGACAUUAUUCUUCAGAAGAAAAUGCUUGAGUGA